GUGGGUAACUGUAGAGUAGCUGAAGGCCAGCUAAACUGUUCUCUAAAGUGUUAGGCCCAUCGUUUUAAACGUCCGGGCUGAGAGCGAAUUAGAAUUUCGUCUUUUUCCGAGAUAUUCUCGCUUACACUUGACUUCCUAAUAGCGAAAUGUCAUCAAAGUAACCAACAUGAGUGUAUCCUGUGCUUAAUACAAUCCAUUAUGCUGCCCUGUUAUAAAUAUAGGAUACAGAAAUUCUGUUAUUCGCUGUUUCGAAGCACCUAAUGUGAAAUGAACAUUCCUUCCACAAAGCAUAGAAUUUCGUGCCAAGGUAAAUUUUCCUGUGGUUUUUUGACUCAAUCUAUAUGAUUUUCGACAUUUAUUGUAUAACUGAUACACUUGCAAUUAGUCAUAAUGGUCGCAAUAAAAUAUUAAUAGAAGUCUUCCCUAGUCUAAGGCUUUAGGAUUGUAGACUACUGAAAUGCGGUCUUAACGUAUCAAAAGUGAUUGUAUGAAAUUCCAUUAACGUUAUCUGAAAUAUUUUAUGCUAUUGUCCUGUUUUCACACAAUUCUACUUGUUUGUUUCUUAACCGUUUUCAAUGUCUGUGAAGCUACGGCGAUUCAAUUCAGUCUGAUAUAACUGACUUAAUCUAGUUUACGUAUUUUUCAUGCGUUUUAAAAUUAGUGUUCCAAUUCCAGCAUAGAACUCGGUCUGACGUCUAUUUUACUUUUUUAUCUGGACUUCAUUUGCCAAUUGGUCGAUUCAUGUUCCUAUUUUAGGCCAAGAAACAACGUAUAUUCACCAAUGGUCACAUUCUUCGGCAAACUAAGUUGUAAAUUUCAUACCUCUAUUAAUUUUCUCGGAAGAACUCGUCAAUUAUUUGAGCUACUAUAUGGAAUUCAUCCUGUCUUGUGUGCGCUUACGUUUCAUCAUCGUGAUAUUUAUCGGUUGUACGUUAAGGAUACAUUGAGCAACUGCAAAGAUCCUGACAAUCUCGUAGAGAUAUCAACAUUUCAAAUAACCGAAAAAGCACUCAAGUAUGGAAUACCAGUAACUCGAGUACCAGUCGAAAAGCUCAAAGAACUAAGUAAUUCAAGAGCCCAUCAGGGCGUGAUACUUGAAGUUUCUCCUACCACCAUACAGCCUAUUUCAGACUUGUCAAUUAAGAAUUUGUUAUUUUCUUGGAAUAAUUUAUCAGACAAUUUACCAUACGCAAAAAAAUAUCAUAGACCUACUGUUCUACUUCUGGAUCAUAUGAUGGAUACCAUGAAUUUUGGGAACAUAUUGCGUUCAGCGGCAUUCUUUGGUAUAUCUGCGGUAAUACUAUCUACUUCUCCGUGUGUCAGCCCAUCACCUCUAAUCAGUAAAAUUAGUGCUGGUGCAAUGGAAAGUAUCCUAUUUUAUAGGCUAACUGAUACUGCAAUGGAUAUGAAGUCCUUAUCAAAUGCUGGAUUUUUGAUAGUUGGUACUUGCGGGGAAAGUCAACUUCCAUCAAGUAAAGUUUCGAAAUCUACAAAUCUGCUGAAACCUGACGAGGUACUGACUAUUCUGUAAUUAAUGUAACAGAUUCACCACUAUUUUCAGCGACGGUAACGCUCAACAAUUUGUAUUGAGUACUGAAUUAAUUACUUAGUAAUAAUCUACCAUAUAAACUGUGUGAAACCAUGUGCUUCAUUUUUUGGUCCUAACAUUUGUAAAACAUUAUUAUCGGUGCUCAGUAUCUGUCAAACUAUUCGUGCAAAUAUUGACGAAUAUUCGCAUUUAUUCAUAAAACAGUUUCCCAUGCUUUGACAUAUAAAUAUAAGAAGGGGUUCUUUGUGGAUAUCAUAGUAAUUUCAAUAGUUGAGAUCAUGAGUCAAUUUAAGCUAGACCACCAUGGAAAAUCUGGAAGCACUAAACAGCCGUUUCUUCAAAGUAUGGGACUCCUCAGAAGUGCGCAUCCACGAUCCCACCUCGCGAGAUUUGAACCCAGGAUCUUCGGUCUCGCGCGCCAACGCUUAACCUCCAGACCACUGAGCCGGCAUCCAACGAUGUUAAUGUCUAACUUCAACCGAUCCACGAAAUCGAGUGACACAUCCACCAUUGUCUUCAGUGAGUUACUAUCUCACAACAAACCCGGUUGAACUUCACUGGUCACUGCUUCUCACUAGAACUCCAGGAAAUACCUCUUGAAGCCAGUCACUAGUGUGCAUAUGUUGAUUAAUAUCAGAAGGGUUUUCGUGGAUAACUAUAGUAAUCUUAAUAGUUGAAAUCAUGAGUCAAUUGAAGCUAUACCACCAUGGGAAACCUGGGAGCACUGGAUGGCCGUUUCGUCCUAUUGUGGGACUCCUCAGCAGUUAGACAUUAACACCGUUGGAUGCCGGCUCAGUGGUUUGGAGGUUAGGCGCUCGCGCGCGAGACUGAUAAGUCCUGGAUUCAAACCUCACGAGGCGGGAUCGUGGUUGCACACUGCUGAGGCGUCCCACAAACUAAUCCAAAAAAUUAACGGUGAUUUACUGGAUUAUAUCCAGUAGGGUAAAAACAUUUAGUAACAGCACAACCAAACAGAUUUUGAGGGCUUUAUGCAGUAAAUUAGUUAAUAUAUUAUUUUGAGAAGAAAGUAACCGAACAGUAUAGAUCCAACGUUGCAAAUUUGUUUUUAUGCAGAACCAGAUUAUUCCCAGGUUAUGUAGAAACCUUUGUAACAAAAUUAUUGUUUCAAUGUUUGUAGUCAGAUUAUAUUAUUAUCCUGUAAUUAUCCCACUGUUUGUAAUUACUUCAGGUAGGCGCUAAUAAUGACAACACAGGACUUUACCCUAGACCUCUGAUAUUAGCCCUGGGAAGUGAAUCACGGGGUCUCAGCGAAAAUGUUUUAAAUUCUUGCGAUUUAUUACUGCGUAUACCAGGUUAUGGAGAUUCAACCAAAUUAAAUCAAUGUAUAUCACAAACUAUCCCAUCAUCUUUAAAUGUAUCCGUUGCUGCUGGUAUUUUAUUAUAUCAGUUAACUAUGUUUCGUCAUGGACACGAAGCUGCUAACAAAUCAUCUUUUAUUUCCCAUACUGAAUAAAUCCUUUUCAAUCUGUUUAUGAGAUUAUUUUCAUAACUUAUGUACAUAUACAUCUUGCAUCGAUUCUAAUUUCACCUUCGUAGUGUACAUAGUUAUAUUCAACCAGAAGUCAUAUUUUUUGGAACAUCUUACUCUGGUUUCAAAUAAAUUGAUAUUAUU